AUACCCAACCCAUUAUCAAUGGGUCUACUUGGGUUUGGGUAUAAUUACCCAUGGGUGGAUAAUUUGCCAUCCCUACUUGGAACACAUUUUUACCGAGCCGGAACAAUUCGAUUUAGUGUUGAUGGGAAUCAGGGUUGAGUUGUUCGGAAUUCGAUUCAGUGUUUCCGUUUGGAAUCGACCAAAAUGACAUCCAACUGAAUUUCGAACCGAGGUGUGUGUCAGUGUGUGUGUUCAGUUCAUUGAACUGAGUGAUCGUUCUGGCCUAGUUCGGUAUGGGGUUAUUGAACCGGCUGCCCACCUUUGGCCAAACCGACGCGGAAACAAGUUUGGUAUACGGAAUUCAGUAAUUCACUAAAAAGGCCCUACCCCAAGAUUUGAGAGGGCCAGCGAAGAUCUCUGUGUUUUAUUUUCUUAGCUUGGGCAGGGCCCAAUUCGAGGGCUUCUUCGAUUGGCAACGAUCAGGCCCAGUUUAAGUCUCCGUUUAUGCAGGGCCCAAUUCGAGGGCUUCUUGAUCUCACCAAAAGUGUCUUAACGAGCUUGUUUUUGCAGGAAAGCAAACCUCAGGGACAGCUUUGGUGUCGCGAAUUCGUUGCUGGACCGAGGGGGGUAAUACAAGAAGAUGCUUCUGGUUCCUCUUCCUCUGUACAAGAACAGAGUUCCGCAGCAGCAGCUUCUGUUCAUCUCCCUCCCACUUUGGAAGACAAUGAUUUGGGCUCUUAUUUCUCCAUGUUGGGCUCAUGGCUACUAGAAAGAAAUCAGCCCAAUACCAAAUGUCAAGACAAUCCAAAAUAAUAGCUAGCCCACGUGUGUGUUUGAGUGUUGUUCAUGCUUUCUUCUGUCCUUUUCUCUGCUGCAAAAUGUGUGAUUGUAUAAAUGAACACUCAAGAUGAAAAUGCAAGCCAUGCUUUCCACUUCACUUUUUCUACUCGCAUCAGGGGGCGGCAGGGGCACUAAAGAGCGACAAACGGAUCGGCCUCCGACGGGCAACUACGAGGAAAGAGAUGAUGUUGAGCUGGAAACCGGCGGCGGAGAGUUGGAUAACCAUUAAUACAGAUGGGUCGGUGCAUAAUCCAGGAUCAAUGGCAGCAGCAGGGGGCAUUGCGAGGAACCAGAGCGGACGGAACCUGGGAUGUUUUAUGUCGAAUUAUGGCCAGUGCCCGAUUAUGAUGGCCGAACUUAGAGGUGCGCUGGAGGGCCUAAUCCUAGCGCGUAGGCUGAAAGCCUCCAGAGUUGAACUCCAGUUGGAUUCUUUGGCUGCAGUGCAGGUGUUACAGAAUCAGGUCGAGGAAGGGCAUCGGCAUGCCCCUAUUAUCCGUCAGAUUCAGAGUCUGAUGGACACCUUUGGUGAGAUCAAGAUUACUCACAUUUAUAGAGAGUAGAACCAUGUAGCUGAUUUUCUUGGUAAUAAAGGGCAUUCGAUCCCUGUUGGAAACUCCCAGUAUGACCAUACUGAGCCGCUUUUGUACUUCUGGUUAAACCAUGAUGUCCUCGGGAUUCAGAAAGCCCGAGUUGUUAAUGUAAUGGAUUAGGGCGCCCCUAGCGCCCGCUUUUACACCAAAAAAAAAAAUGAAUUCUUCGAUUUUAAUUCCCUGUUUAAAAUCGAAACCCACGUCCACUCAAGACUCAACCCGAAGAGCCGCCCAGUGCGCUCAAAACCCGAAUAAUACUAACCUAACCAU